AUGCGCAAAGAGUGCCUCUGGGCCUGGGGCGGUCUGGUCCAGUAUAAAAGCCAGUCCAACUGCAGGCUUCUCACCCACUUCUCUUGCCUUCUCGUCCUUGGUGAACAGGUGCGCCUCCGUCCCGCAGCCAUGUCCUGCUACGAUCUGUGCCGUCCCUGUGGCCCAACCCCGCUUGCCAACAGCUGCAACGAGGCCUGCGUCAGGCAGUGCCAGGACUCGCGGGUGGUCAUCGAACCAUCUCCCGUGGUGGUGACCCUGCCCGGACCCAUCCUCAGCUCCUUCCCCCAGAACACCGCUGUGGGAUCCACCACCUCCGCUGCUGUUGGCAGCAUCCUGAGUGCUGAGGGAGUGCCCAUCAACUCCGGGGGCUUUAACCUCUCUGGCCUUGGUGGCCGCUACUACGGCAGAAGGUGCCUGCCCUGCUAAAGCCGUGCCGGACGUCCCAUGAGUGCAUCGACCAGGAAGCCCACAGCCAGGUGCCGGACCGAGGAUGGAGCUGCCGGCCAGGCUUUCCAGAGGGGUUGAGCACCCUCGUGCCCUCCUGCAAAGGAGGGAGGGAAGGAAGGUGCCAGCCUGUGCUGUCUGGAAACACGGCCAACUGAUGUCUUCGUCUUCUUCUCCUGCUUUCUUCUCCGCAUCAUGAGUCCCUGUUGUCUCCUGCUGUCCUGUGCCAUGGGUUCAUCCUGAAGCAAGCUGAGAGGGGCCCUGCUCAUCACCCUCUCCCGAUGUGUGUGGGAGGAAGACGUGUGUCCCGUUGCUGCGAAGGGGUGCCUGCCUGUCAGCUGCCCUUGUAGCAGCCUGGACGGGGUCCCUUCCGACACGCACUGCUUUGUUUCAC